AUAUAAGGAGGAGCGAGGCAUUGGAAGCACAGCACCAAAACGCAAACCCUGCCGUCCGUUCCGUUACGUUACCUGACGGAGAAACUCCGUCCAUUUCGUUUCCCUUCCCUUCCCUCUCUCCCUAACCCACCAUGGGAGCGGUGAUUCUUUCAGAUCUCUUAACGGAGAUACUGAUUCCAGUCGCUGCCAUUAUCGGCAUCGCCUUCUCUCUCAUCCAAUGGCUAAUAGUGUCCCGCGUCAAGGUCUCGCCGGAGCGCCAAUCUCCACCGCCCGCUAACAACAGCAAGAACGGCUACUCUGACUACCUCAUCGAGGAGGAGGAAGGCCUCAACGACCACAACGUUGUGGUUAAAUGCGCCGAGAUACAGAAUGCCAUCUCCGAAGGAGCGACUUCCUUCCUUUUCACUGAAUAUCAGUAUGUUGGGGUCUUCAUGGUUGCUUUUGCCAUUCUGAUCUUCCUAUUCCUUGGCUCUGUGGAGACCUUCAGCACGAAGAGCCAGCCAUGCACAUAUAGCAAGGACAAGAUGUGCAAAUCUGCUCUCGCCAAUGCCAUCUUCAGCACCAUAGCCUUCUUGCUUGGUGCGAUCACUUCGGUGGUCUCUGGUUUCCUUGGGAUGAAAAUUGCUACCUAUGCAAAUGCUCGAACGACUCUGGAGGCAAGGAAGGGUGUUGGGAAAGCAUUUAUCACUGCCUUCAGAUCUGGUGCGGUUAUGGGCUUUUUGCUUGCUGCCAGUGGCCUUUUGGUGCUUUACAUUACCAUCAACCUCUUCAAGCUGUACUAUGGUGAUGAUUGGGAAGGCCUUUUUGAGUCCAUUACUGGUUAUGGCCUUGGUGGAUCUUCUAUGGCUCUGUUUGGGAGAGUUGGUGGUGGUAUCUACACGAAGGCCGCAGAUGUUGGUGCUGAUCUUGUGGGUAAGGUUGAGAGGAACAUUCCGGAGGAUGAUCCAAGAAACCCAGCUGUGAUUGCUGACAAUGUUGGUGAUAACGUUGGGGAUAUUGCUGGUAUGGGAUCUGAUCUCUUUGGCUCGUAUGCUGAGUCUUCUUGUGCAGCCCUUGUUGUUGCAUCUAUUUCCUCUUUUGGAAUCAACCAUGAAUUUACAGCAAUGUGCUAUCCGUUGCUCAUUAGCUCCAUGGGUAUCAUCGUUUGCUUGAUUACAACUCUUUUUGCGACUGAUUUCUUCGAAAUCAAGGCAGUGAAGGAAAUUGAGCCAGCAUUGAAGAAGCAGCUUAUCAUCUCCACUGCUCUGAUGACCAUAGGGAUUGCGAUAGUUAGUUGGAUUGGCCUCCCAUCUAAGUUCACAAUCUUCAAUUUUGGAGUCCAGAAGUCUGUGAAGAACUGGGAGCUGUUCUUCUGUGUUGCCAUUGGUUUGUGGGCUGGAUUGGUUAUUGGGUUUGUAACUGAAUAUUACACUAGCAAUGCAUACAGCCCUGUGCAAGAUGUUGCUGAUUCCUGCAGGACUGGAGCAGCAACUAAUGUUAUCUUUGGGCUUGCUCUGGGAUACAAAUCUGUCAUUAUUCCCAUUUUUGCCAUCGCAGUCAGCAUUUUUGUGAGCUUUAGCCUCGCUGCCAUGUAUGGUAUUGCAGUAGCUGCCCUUGGAAUGCUUAGCACCAUUGCUACUGGUUUGGCCAUUGAUGCAUAUGGUCCCAUCAGUGACAAUGCUGGAGGUAUUGCAGAGAUGGCGGGCAUGAGCCACAGGAUCCGUGAGAGAACUGAUGCCCUCGAUGCUGCAGGAAAUACUACUGCUGCAAUUGGAAAGGGCUUUGCUAUUGGAUCAGCAGCCUUGGUGUCUUUGGCACUUUUCGGUGCCUUUGUGAGUCGUGCAGCAAUUUCGACAGUAGAUGUUCUGACCCCAAAAGUCUUUAUUGGGUUGAUUGUGGGUGCAAUGCUCCCAUACUGGUUCUCGGCCAUGACAAUGAAGAGUGUGGGUAGCGCCGCACUGAAAAUGGUGGAGGAAGUGCGCAGGCAGUUCAACACUAUACCGGGUCUUAUGGAAGGUCUUGCCAAACCUGACUAUGCCACAUGCGUCAAAAUCUCCACAGAUGCAUCGAUCAAGGAAAUGAUCCCACCUGGUGCCCUGGUUAUGCUGACACCGCUCAUUGUUGGCACGUUUUUCGGUGUGGAAACUCUGUCUGGUGUCCUAGCAGGCUCCCUUGUAUCUGGCGUACAGAUUGCAAUUUCUGCAUCCAACACUGGCGGUGCAUGGGAUAAUGCUAAAAAAUAUAUUGAGGCUGGUGCUUCAGAGCAUGCUAGGACCCUUGGCCCAAAAGGUUCUGACCCACACAAAGCUGCCGUUAUUGGUGACACCAUUGGGGACCCGCUCAAGGACACAUCCGGGCCAUCCCUCAACAUCCUCAUCAAGCUCAUGGCAGUGGAGUCACUUGUUUUUGCUCCGUUCUUUGCCAAGCACGGAGGCUUGCUCUUCAAGAUCUUCUAGAGCAAGGUGACGCAGACAAUGACUACCAAGUUUUUAGUUUUGUCCUAUCAACAAAUGUGCACUUCUCUCUCAAGGUCUUCACUUUUAUAUCCUUUAUAAUUUAGAUAUUUUGUUCUCUAAUUGCAAGCAUCAGUGUAUGAUGUCUUUCUUGCUUUUGAGAUUAGCAAGAAAAAUUUUCCUCCCUUAUCUCUUUUUCCAUUUAAUAGAUAGAUGGAGAUGAUGUGUGAUUAUUCUUGAA